AUGGAGCCUCCACACCCCAGCAGCCAGGAUGUCACUGGCAUCCCCAGCCAAGGAGUAAAUGAACAACAGGAAGAGCCGCCUAAGAAACCUGUGGAGAUCUUGCUUGCAGUAGAAGGAAGAGAAGAGGGAAUCUACCAGGAAUCAGAGCAGGAAAAAGCAGCAGAGGAGGAAGAGGAAAAGACGGUGGAGUUGGUGGAAGCAGAGGCAGAGGUGGUGAAAGUGGAGGAGACAGCUGUGGAAGAGGAGCCAGUGCAAGAGGAGCUGGUGCAAAAGGAGGUGGUGGAAGUGGAGCCAGUGAAAGAGAAGAUGGUGGAAGAGGAGCUGGUGGAAGAGGGAGUGGUAGAAGAUGGGACAGUGGAAGUGGAGCUGGUGGAGGAGGUGGUGAUGGAAGUGGAACCAGUAGAAGAGAAGGUGGUGGAACUGGAGCCGGUGGAAGCGGAAUUGGUAGAAGAUGGGACAGUGGAAGUGGAGCCGGUGGUGGAAGUGGAGCCAGUGGAAGAGAAAGUGGUAGAAGAGAACGUGGUGGAAGUGGAGCCAGUGGAAGAGAAAGUGGUAGAAGAUGGGGCAGUGGAAGUGAAGCCAGUGAAAGAGGAGGUGGUGGAAGAGGAGGAGGUGGAAGUGGAACCGGUGGAAGAGCGGUUGGUGGAAGAAGAGGCAGUGGCAGUGGACGUGCAGGAGAAAAAGGAGAGGGAGGAGGGAAGCAAGAUAGCUCAUGGCCCUGCAGACAAUUACAGAAACUCAGGGGUCCAUGACCUGGGACCAGGUGUGCACCUGCAGGAGGAAGAGCACCCUGAGGUCGCGCGCCACCGCCGACAGCAGCCACUCCGGCCCUCAUUCACCCCAUUGCAGGUACAGGAGCUGGAGGGCAUUUUCCUGUGUGCUCCAUAUCCCAACGUGCAGCUGCGGCGACAGCUUGCAAGACGCAUGAAUGUGACAGAAGUUAGAGUACAGGUUUGGUUUAAACAUAGGAGGGCUAAGUGGAGGAGACAACAGAGGGCAUUGAUGUUUAGAAACCUGCCCUCCGUGGUCCCAGGCCACCCUACUCCCAUAACCUGGGGUGCACCCAGCAAUCCCAUCUUUGUGCAGGACCCAAAUUGGAUAUGGGUGCCUUCAGAGCCAAUGCUGACCACUAAGAACAUGACCGCUAACCUUUACACACCCAUGGAAACCUCCAAGUGGAGAGACGUGCAUUGUCUUGCACAAGGUCUCACAGAGGACUGUGGUCCAGUGAGUCUGGAGCUUUCCUGCAGCACCGUGAAGCCUAGGGCAUCAGCUGACAGGACCACCGCCACUGUGAAACAGGCAGUCCACACCUUCUUCAAGUUAAAACGAGGUUACAUCCCGGCAGAGAACCGAGGCCGCAAGACAUUCCGCGAGUCAUUACUAGCAUCUGUGAGUGAGCAAUAG